UCCAUUUAUCCCGGAACUAUGUCAAUGAUUUCAUCGUCGUCAGAGCUAGGGUUUGAAUUGAGAAUGCUGCCAUUCGGGAGCUCGGCGGAGGCGGAGGCGGCGCUGGGGAGGAGCCUGACGGCGGUGGAGAGUUUCUGGUUCUGGUAUUCGGCGGGGAUGCAUGAUUUCUGGCUCUACGCGCACAACAUCGUCUUCUUGCUCAUCGUCUACACGAUCGCCCCUCUCCCUCUUGCUAUCAUCGAGCUCCGGUGGCCGAAAUCGAUCGGCAAGUAUAAGCUCCAGCCCAAAGUCCGGAAUCCACCGUCCGCCGUCAUCCGGUGCUACAAGGACGUCGUCAUGACCUUCGUCCUCGCCGUUGGCCCUCUCCAGAUCCUCUCCUUCCCCACCAUCAAGGGGGUGGGAAUAAGAACAGGGUUGCCAUUGCCGUCAUGGUGGGAGGUGGUGGCACAACUGGUGGUGUACUUCUUGGUGGAAGACUACUUCAACUAUUGGAUUCACAGGAUGCUGCAUUCCAAAUGGGGUUAUCAAUACAUCCACCAUGUACACCAUGAGUUCACUGCUCCCAUUGGCUUUGCUGCUCCUUAUGCUCACUGGUCUGAGGUCCUUAUCCUCGGCAUUCCGGCCUUUCUCGGCCCUGCCAUCGUCCCCGGCCACAUUAUCACCUUCUGGCUUUGGAUGGUAAUUCGCCAUGUUGAAGCCAUUGAGACUCAUUGUGGAUAUGAUUUCCCUCAAACUCCAACAAAAUACAUUCCAUUCUAUGGUGGAGCUGAGUAUCAUGACUACCACCAUUAUGUUGGUGGCCAGAGCCACAGUAACUUUGCCUCUGUUUUCACUUACUGUGAUUACAUUUACGGGACAGACAAGGGCUAUCGUUAUCAGAAAUCUCAGCUUGCACAGUUGAGGGAGGAAUGGAAGACAGCUGAACAGGAAGAAGGAAUUAAAGGCAAUGGUAAGUUGGAGAAGGAUAAGUAGUAGUAGGUGCAAGGUAUUGGAGAUAAUGAUGGUGCAUGGUCCUAAAAAAGAAGCAUGUUGAAAUGUUGAAGUGUAGUGUCGGCACUGGCUUAAUUUAUCCAUGCUUGUUUGUAGAAUAUAUCUUAUGCUGCUGAAUGGACGUGUUAUGGUGCAUGUACUAGCUUUGUCCAUGCUUGCAUAAUAGAAUCCUAAUGAUGUGUUUCGGAGCAUGCUUGAUUAAUAAUGAGGACAAACGUAAGUGGGCCACUUUUGUUUAUGGUUUA